CCUAGCAAAUUCCUCAUCUACGCCUGUCUGCUGCUGUUUUCUGUGCUGCUGGCCCUUCGUUUGGAUGGCAUCAUUCACUGGAGCUACUGGGCUGUCUUUGCGCCGAUAUGGCUGUGGAAGUUAAUGGUCAUUGUUGGUGCCUCGGUCGGAACUGGAGUCUGGGCGCGAAAUCCCCAAUAUCGAGCAGAAGGAGAAACGUGUGUGGAGUUCAAAGCCAUGCUAAUUGCAGUGGGCAUCCACUUGCUUCUGCUGAUGUUUGAGGUUCUAGUCUGUGACCGAAUUGAGAGAGGAAGCCAUUUCUGGCUUCUGGUCUUCAUGCCGCUCUUCUUUGUCUCCCCCGUGUCUGUCGCUGCUUGUGUUUGGGGGUUUCGACAUGACAGGUCCCUAGAGUUAGAAAUCCUGUGCUCUGUCAACAUUCUUCAGUUUAUAUUCAUCGCCUUAAGACUGGACAAGAUCAUCCACUGGCCAUGGCUUGUCGUGUGUGUCCCCUUAUGGAUUCUCAUGGCCUUCCUGUGCCUGGUUGUCCUCUACUACAUUGUGUGGUCUGUCCUGUUCCUGCGCUCCAUGGACGUGAUUGCGGAGCAGCGAAGGACACACAUAACAAUGGCCCUGAGCUGGAUGACCAUCGUCGUUCCGCUGCUUACUUUUGAGAUCUUGCUGGUUCACAAACUGGAUGGCCACAAUACAUUCUCUUGUAUACCAAUAUUUGUCCCACUGUGGCUCUCGCUGAUCACGCUCAUGGCAACCACCUUUGGACAGAAGGGAGGAAACCACUGGUGGUUCGGUAUUCGCAAAGAUUUCUGUCAGUUUCUGCUGGAAAUUUUCCCAUUUUUAAGAGAGUAUGGAAACAUUUCAUAUGAUCUCCAUCACGAAGAUAAUGAAGAAACCGAAGAAACCCCCAUUCCAGAACCACCUAAAAUUGCUCCUAUGUUUCGAAAGAAGGCCAGGGUCGUCAUUACACAGAGCCCUGGAAAGUAUGUCCUCCCUCCUCCCAAGUUAAACAUCGAAAUGCCGGAUUAGAGCCGCUUCUUUCCAGGAGGGAAUGUCGCUGGAUCAGACACACUCCUCCCCCAGCCUCUGCCUCUGUGUGCAUCCUCCAACCAGGACUGGAACUGCACCUGGGUCUCCAGGGACGCUCAUCUCAUGCCUUGUUUGCAUUCAAAGCCUAUCUGUGUCUCCCCAUCACGUGCCACAGGGGCAG